GCACAACAGAAUGAACACGUACGAGAGCGCGUGUCCCACUGCUUGGUUCCAGGGCUUGGUUCGGAUUAGGCGCGCUUUAUAAAUGCCAAGGCAUGACAAGCUCGAACCACUCACACGCGCCUGCCACUCCGGAGAAUGACAUGGAUUCUGCCUGGCCUGGCUGUGAACAUGAUCCAUCAGAUUUAAGAGAUCCGCUGGAAUUGCGACCCUGUUCAAGCCUUUCGCUCAACUAUAUACUUCCAGAUGAUCCACCUGAUGUGAAGACUGAGUGGCCAGAUCUGACAACGGAGGGGGUAUCAGUAGAAGCAAGAAGCGCUGUGCCUGACGCACUCGAUGAUCCGCCUCAAGUGAAGACUGAGUGGCCAGAUCUGACAACGGAGGAGGUAUCAGUAGAAGCAAGAAGCAUUUCGCCUGAGCCGCUCGAUGAUGAAGGCGAUGAUCCGACGUACUUCCCACGAACAGAAGCGGAGGAGGACAAGGGCGAGGAAGAGGACGAAAGCAGCAGCAGGACUCCUGUCUGCGAAACGGUAGAGAAAGACCACAGCAUCUCUAUUCAAAGGUCUUCUCACAAGAAAGCAUUUACGAAGCGAAAUAUCUGUCCAUAUUGUAGCAAGACUCACAUCAAAUUCGCACGUCAUCUUUUCCGGAGGCAUAAAACGAAACCAGAAGUGGUUCAAGCGCUUACAUUCCCAAAAGGCUCCAAGGAGAGGAGGACCUGUGUUCAGCACAUCAUCAACAGGGGAAACUUCAAGCACAACUUAACGGUGUUCCGUGAUGGGCAUGGAACCAUCAUUCCCAGGAGGUGUCCACCGCAAAACGCGAAGGUGGCGGCGAAAGAUAUGGUGCCUUGCAGCAAGUGCCAGGGCUUUUUCUCUAGACGUUGCCUUCCUACACACAGUGUCAGGUGCCAUGCUGGUGAAAAAGAUGCAGUUGGAAGUGAAGCUCAGGCUCGAACAGACUUGCCACGCACGGAAGCGGACGAGGACAAGGACGAGGAAGAGGACGAAAGCAGCAAUAGGACUCCUGUCUGCGAAGCGUUGGAGAAAUACCACAGCAUCUCUAUUCAAAGGUCUUCUCAAAAGAAAACAUCUCUGAAGCGAAAUGUUUGCCCAUAUUGUAGCAAGACUCACAUCAAAUUCGCACGUCAUCUUUUCCGGAGGCAUAAAAUGAAACCAGAAGUGGUUCAAGCGCUUGCAUUCCCAAAAGGCUCCAGGGAGAGGAGGAUCUGUGUCCAGCACAUCAUCAACAGGGGAAACUUCAAGCACAACUUAACGGUGUUCCAUGGUGGGCAUGGAACCAUCAUUCCCAAGAGGUGUCCACCGCAAAACGCGAAGGUGACGGCGAAAGAUAUGGUGCCUUGCAGCAAGUGCCAGGCCUUUUUCUCUAGACGUUGCCUUCCUACACACAAUGUCAGGUGCCAUGCUGGUGAAAAAGCUGCAGCUGGACGUGAAGUUCAGGCUCUAGGAAGAUCCUUGCCGCCCUGUCACAGGCAUGCCUCAGCUGGAUUGGAGAAGUUGAUGGCAAACAUGUGGUAUGAUGACGUUACGUCCACAUGCAGCAAUGAUGGGCUCAUUUUUGAUUUUGGGUCCCGUCUGUUCACGAGACUUGGUCACGAGCGUGAACAACAUGCGCACAUUCGCGAAAAGAUGAGACAGCUGGGGCGUUUGGUCCUUGAGCUAAAUCAGUCAAGCCCAGGACAGGGUCUAGAGUCGUUCAUUCAACGAUCAAAGUUCUUGGAGGUGGUAGGUGCGGUGAAACGGCUGGCAGGUGGCAAGAAAGGAAAGUGUCGCAAUCUUUCGCUUGCCCUCAAGCUUGGCAUCUCGCUCGGUGAGUGCGCGGAGAUCCUUAGAACACGCGGCAUCGACAACGAUGACGCCGCCCUGAAGGCGGCUGCGGGCGACUUCCUCCUGCUCUACCGACGAGAUUGGAAGGUGCACAUGACCUCCCGUGCGCUCCACGAGAAGAGCGAGAGCGAGCCCGUCGAGCGUCCCCUCGGUGUGGGUGUUCAGAGUGAGGAGGUGCAGGAUGAGUUGGUGCGGGAUCAGCGACUGUCUGAAGAGGAACGCUCAGGCACGAACCGUGGCCAGCCAUCGGAAGUUGCGCGGGAAUCCGUAAACCGGCGGAGGCCAGCAGAAGCGCUAAGGAUCUUCAGCAAAACAAGACCCAAAGGCGAGAGGAAGGUCAUACCAUGGACGCGAGCAGAAAAGGAAGCUGUGCAGAGGCGCAUGAAGCUUUUUAUCGGCCGUCUGAAGUGUCCAGGAAUGGCAGACUGUUUGGAGGCACUGGAGGAGGAGUCUGCACUGUCCCGGCGUUCCUGGAGGGAUGUCAAGUUCUGCACGCACAACAUCAUACAGAAGCGCAAGCGUGCCAUGGGGAUGUAGGUUCACAUGAAGGCUCAAGGGGCUUCACUGGUUAGAACCUCUGCCGCGUGAUGCUGCAGUACCUGCUGUGCGGUGUGGUGUGACCUGUUUGCAAGCUGCCUGUAAGAAACGUCCUGCACAUCUGAGCGUGUUUGUGGCGUACUGCGACGUGAAGUGAUUG